GGCUCCCAUAAUACAAUGACAGUUUGAAUUUCUCACAAACAUCCAAAAACUAUGAGCUGGAAAAUGACAAUGAAAUUGUGAUCUGAUAACAAUGGGUUAUUUACUUAGUAAUAAGUGGGCCAUGAAAAUGACAAGGUAGAACCGUGACAACCAUAUUAUAUUAAUUUCUGUUUACCAAUCAAAAGCUAGCUAGCUCUCUUGCACAAGAUCGAUAGAUUCCAGACUUGCAGCAAGUUGCAACAGCAGCUAGCCAGUACUGGUUCACUUAAGAAAUAACUUAUCUAACAGCAGCAUCGCAUCAAUUUGGUUUUGAUCCCUAGUCUUCAGUACCCAUCAACAACACAAGGUGAAGAGCGGAAAAGAAAAAAAACCAAAGGUGACAAACAGUAAUGGGUUCAUCUGUUGGAGAACAGAAUGACGAGAUCCCACCAAGAAGCUAUUGGAGGAGAUGGAGCAAACAAGAGUUCUUCCCAGAAGAAUCUUUCAACAACAUGGAUGCUUACCUAUCUGCAUUAAGACAAACAUGCUUCCGGUUCAAGGAUCGUCUUCUAAGCCGAUCUGAUGAUGCCAACGAGCUUGGGGAGCUCCGGAAACAGAGCGAACACGACAUGAAACGCUGCCUCAACUGGUGGGACCUUACCUGGUUUGGCUUUGGCUCAGUCAUUGGAGCUGGCAUAUUUGUGCUCACCGGCCAAGAAGCCCAUAACAACGCUGGACCAGCCAUUGUCUUAUCAUACAUCGCUUCGGGUGUUUCAGCAAUGCUCUCUGUUUUCUGCUACACAGAAUUUGCUGUGGAAAUUCCUGUCGCUGGUGGUUCAUUUGCUUACCUGAGGGUAGAACUAGGAGACUUUGCAGCAUUUAUAACAGCAGGGAACACACUUCUUGAAAGUAUUGUUGGAAGUGCAGCAGUUGCUCGAGCUUGGACUUCAUACUUCACAACUCUUUUGAACCUUCAGCCUAACUCAUUACGCAUACACACAACAAAACUCAAAGAGGGAUUCAACCUCUUGGACCCAAUUGCUGUUGGAAUUCUAGCAAUUGCAUCCACACUUGCUAUGAUCAGCACCAGAAAAACUUCAUACGUCAAUUGGAUUGCAUCUGCAGUAAACACUAUAGUAAUUUUGUUCGUGAUAAUUGCAGGCUUUGCUCAUGCCAACACCUCCAAUUUUACACCAUUUUUGCCUUAUGGUGCUAAAGGAAUCUUCAAAGCGGCAGCAGUUGUCUACUUUGCUUAUGGAGGGUUUGAUAAUAUCGCAACCAUGGCAGAGGAAACAAGAAAUCCGCCAAGAGAUAUACCGUUGGGAUUGCUUGGUUCCAUGUCUAUCAUCACUGUCAUAUAUUGCUUGAUGGCACUUUCAUUGAGUGCGAUGCAGAAAUACACAGAAAUAGAUCUCAAUGCAGCCUACUCUGUUGCGUUUCAGAGCGUGGGGAUGAAAUGGGCAAAGUACUUGGUAGCUCUCGGAGCUCUCAAGGGGAUGACCACUGUUCUUCUGGUAGGGGCGCUUGGACAGGCACGCUAUACUACUCAUAUUGCAAGAGCUCACAUGAUCCCACCAUGGUUUGCUCUCGUCCACCCAAAGACAAAAACCCCUAUAAAUGCUACACUCCUGAUUACCAUUUCCAGUGCCUGCAUUGCUUUCUUUUCAAGUUUGGAUGUCUUGGCAAGUUUAUUAUCUCUGAGUACGCUCUUUAUCUUCAUGAUGAUGGCAGUUGCACUUCUUGUGAGGAGAUACUAUGUGAAAGGGAUCACUCCUCAAGUAAACAUAUUGAAGCUAAUAAUCUUCCUGCUCAUCAUUAUUGCUUCCUCCAUGGGAACUUCAGCUUACUGGGGAUUGUACCCCAAUGGUUGGGUUGGUUAUGCCAUCACUCUUCCUCUUUGGUUCUUGGGGACUAUGGGGAUUUCGGUGUUUUUGCCGCAGCAACGCACACCAAAGGUUUGGGGUGUUCCACUUGUCCCGUGGUUUCCAUCUUUGUCAAUUGCAACAAAUUUGUUUCUAAUGGGAUCUUUGGGAUCUGAUGCUUUUAUAAGGUUCUGUGUCUGCACCAUUGUAAUGCUUGUUUACUAUGUCUUCAUUGGUUUACAUGCAACUUACGAUAUGGCCCAUCAGCAACACAAGCCAGAAACCGUUAAGGUACCUGAAGAAGCAAACAAUAUGAGAAAUCCAGGGCCUUGAGAUAAUUAAAUUCUCCUAUCCCUGGUUGAGGAACAAUCCUUCUUAAUAAGUGUCACUCGGCAGUUGCCUCACAUAUCUUAGCAUGCUACAAGCUUCUGAAAUCAGUAAUCUAGCUGAAGAAGGGAACACAUUAUUCUUAAUGUAUAAGUUAUGACUGGAAAUAAAUGUAUUCCACUUGUAGUAGCUGAUAAGCGCUGAAUGUUGCAUAUUCAAGCCCUUAAAGUUGCAUAUCUUAGUUCUUUAGUAAUAAUUAUGUAGUAGUAGUUAUAUCA